AUCUGAUUUACAGCCUUGUCCCAGUCACAGACUGCGCAGUGGCCGCAGCCUUAUUGGCCACCUGUUGCCACGAUGGCUCUAUACAACUCCAUGUACAGCUGUAGGACGCUGCUAAAAGCCCACGACGCCUACACAGUGUCAGAGAUCCCUCUGCUAUAGCCGUACUUCAGACAGUUCAGAUGGAGCACCUACUUGCCGCCUGUCACCUCGAUCCUCCUCCUCCUCCUCCUCCUGCACAGCUUUAAAUCUACGAUGCGGACGAUGACUUACUCCCGGUGUAUGUUUCACCACUGGCUGCAGACUCUGCGGCUGUAAAGGAAGCAGAAGCUCCGGGUGUCAUUGCGGUUUUGACCGUUUUUUGCUGAUAAGAACAUGGCUUGGUUUUCACCGCCUGUUGACAACCUGCUGUACAGGUGUCUUAGCGUCUCCAUCACUGUGUGGUUGACUCUUCUGUUUGUCUUCACAAUUGUGCCAGCCGUACUCGGAGUCUCUUUCGGUAUCCGCAGCUUCUACAUUGCGACUCUUCUCAAGAUAUUUGAGUGGGCAACCUUACGGAUGGAAAUGGGAGCAAAGGAGAAGAAUCAAGAACUUUAUAAACCAUAUACCAACGGCAUCAUAGUCAAAGAGCCACCGUCGUCUUUGCGGGAACUCCGGGGUUCUGCCAGCUGUCUGCGCUCGGAGCCCGAGUUCGAGAUGGCUGACAUCUUCUACUUCUGCCGGAGGGGCGUGGAGAGCAUCGUGGACGACGAGGUGACCAAGCGUUUUUCGGCCCAGGAACUGGAGAGCUGGAACCUGCUGACUCGGAGCAACUACAACUUCCCUCACAUAAGUCUGAGGCUCGCCGCGCUGUGGGGACUGGGGGUCCUCGUCCGCUAUGGCAUCCUGCUGCCUCUCAGGGUUACCUUGGCAGUCUCUGGCAUUUCUCUGCUCCUAGUCCUGACCACCUUAGUGGCACUUUUACCUAGAACAGAGCUGAGAUUCUACCUGAGUGAGAAGGUUCAUCUGAUGUGUUACCGCAUCUGUGUUAGAGCUCUCACUGCAAUCAUCACCUAUCACAACAGAGAGAACAAGCCAAAGAACGGCGGCAUCUGCGUGGCCAAUCACACGACACCCAUUGAUGUUAUAAUCUUGGCCAAUGAUGGCUGCUACUCAUUGGUCGGCCAGGUUCACGGAGGGUUAAUGGGAAUGAUCCAAAGAGCCAUGGUCAAAUCCACUCCUCACAUCUGGUUCGAAAGAUCCGAAGUGAAAGACAGACACCUAGUGGCUAAAAGACUCAGUGAUCAUGUUGCUGAUAAAACCAAACAGCCCAUCCUCAUCUUCCCUGAGGGUACCUGCAUUAACAACACGUCGGUGAUGAUGUUCAAGAAGGGCAGCUUUGAAAUCGAAUGCACCGUCUACCCUGUUGCCAUUAAAUAUGACCCUCGCUUCGGGGACGCUUUCUGGAACAGCAGUAAGUUCGGCUUGGUGAGCUACCUCCUGAGGAUGAUGAGCAGCUGGGCCAUCGUCUGCAGCGUUUGGUACCUGCCACCUAUGAACAGAGAGGAAGGUGAGGAUGCGGUACAGUUUGCUAACAGAGUGAAAGCAGCCAUAGCUGCCCAAGGAGGUUUAGUAGAUCUAAUUUGGGACGGAGGACUGAAACGAGCAAAGGUGAAGGAUGCUUUUAAAGAGGAGCAGCAGAAGCUCUACAGCAAAGUUCUUGUGGGCGACCACGACAGCAGGGACCAAAGAUCCGACAAGUGUUCGGAGGGUGAAAACGACAAAGAUGCUGCAGAAGGACAAUGAGAACACUGAGAAUCGCUACGUCUCAUAUGUGCUAUAUAAGAGAAAUGUGUGUCCAUUUACAUUCCUGUCGUUUUUAGCAGGCUAAAAACCAAAGAAAUAAUUUGUAAUUGUUGUGUGUUGUGAAGUUUUUUUUGUAUUUUGUCACGUGAUAUCGUAUAUCAGAUUAAAUGCUUUGUUUCAAACUG